GGCGCAUGCUCGGAGUGGCUGCUGAGGCUCUGCCUGCUCACUACAGCUGCUCCAAGGCUCUGGCACACAGGAGAGGAGGAAGAUCAGGCAGGGAAGACAGCUUGAAUUAUUGAUGGGAGCAAUGGCGCUGCCACUCGUCCGGAGUGAGAUGCGUGCGGGAAUCCUGCUGCUCUCGGUGCUCAGCCUGCUCAGCACCAGCCUCGUGGGGGCUGGCCAGGACUCUGGGAGUGUCAUUCCUGCAGAAAGCCGUCCCUGUGUUGACUGCCACGCGUUCGAGUUCAUGCAGAGGGCGUUGCAGGAUCUGAAGAAGACAGCCUACAGCCUGGACACACGGACAGAAACCCUCAUCCUGAGAGCAGAAAAGAGAGGCCUGUGUGAUUGCUUUCGUGCAAUACACUGAGAUGAGCACUGGGAUUUGGCCAAUGGACAUUUAUUAAUUUUUAAAAUGCUCUUCAGUAAAUUACAGGAAGACACAGAGUGCAAGUUGUGCCCCACCAUAAGGAAAAGCAUUUUUAUCAUAACAGGUAUAGCUCAGUAAGAUUAUUUUUGCUUUGUUGUGGUUUAUCAUUAUUCUGUGUGAUAUUGCAUUUGCUGAAAUGUCAAGAGAAGAAACAGUGCCAAAGUCUUGCUUAUGGGUUUUAUGCAAGGAUAGCAUCCUGCUUUUUUGGUAUUUCAAGACAAAAAUUAUCCUUGGACUCUCAGGCCAACCUCUUGGCUUAUGUGAAUUGCCAUAGAUCUGUGAAAGUCUGUGAAGUCAAUUUUUAAAAUGCAUUAUAGAAGAACAUGGAAAGGAAGCUACUUUGCCAUGAUGUAUAGAUAAACAUUUACAAACAAGCAGAUUUGGCAUUAUAUAGAAAUUAAUAGUUAUCACAAAUUGCUUGGCAGUACAAGGAAGGGAUUUGUUCCCCAGUUGUAUCAAUAGUCCACUACACAGCAAGCACAGUAAUCUGUCUCACAAUUUUAAUUUCUUCAGAGCCACACAGUAGCUGUGAUCUUUUUUUGGGGAGAUUUAUUAAGUAUCUAAUGUGAUCAGUAACAUUUGUAAUCACAUGAAUAAUGCCUGGCAGUUGAAGUGAUUGCAUCUGCCAAAAUCUUCUGGAGAAGUGUCUUUCAUUAAGCAAAUCACAUGCUGGAUUGAACCACUCAAACUGGCUUCUACAGAGAGUUUUGGCAGAGAGCCACACCAUGCCUGCCUGCCCAGGAGUCUCUUGUAAACUGCACUUUGGGAAAUACUUAAAUUCUACCCAAAUGGUCCUUAGCUCUUGCACGGACUCUGCACUCCAUCAGGGUGGGUUGUAGUGCUG